CUGUCAUAUAUUCCCACUGUAUCCUCCAUCUCCAUCCUGUUGUAAGGCUGACUCACAUACAGCAAGUCUCACAUUCUCCACCCCUAGUGAAUACGUUUCUCGCUUCCCCAUAAGCCUGAGACUCCAUUCACAAACAUCUCCAUCUAGAUGAUGGACGUCACGUUGCAAGAUGGUCUAUACCUCGACAGUAGUAUGCCGCCCAAAUGCGGUAUACAAGUCAAGAGGACCAUGCGUCCGAGGACCAGUUGCAACCAAUGUCGCUUCCGGAAGAUCAAAUGUGACAGGAUAAAGCCUUGUUCUGCUUGUUGUUCUCGGGGAAAGCCCACAGAUUGCUGCUUCCCCGUAGAUGCAAACAACAGAGCGAUUGAUCAGGCUCGACAACUCAGACUCCUGAGAAAGGAAAAUGCCGAGUUGAGAGAGCUGUUGGAAAAGAAGUCGCCUCGAGACACGCACCUUCAGCUGAUUGAAAGUGCCAAAAACGUCAAGAGGCUCCAUGCCUCUAUCUGGCGCCAACUGAAGGCUGAAGAGCCGUCUCAUACCCUGGUCUACGGGAGCCCUUCAGGGUCUGAAAUAGGAGAAAAGCUGCACAGUCUUCAGAACCAACCCAGCGACUGUAGGCCAACGUCGUUGGCUCACCCACGCCUGAAAAAUGUGAACAUCCUUUCCUACCAAGACGCACCGGCAGACCCGUUUCCCUGCCUCUGGGAACCGUCUUCAGGCACAAAGCCUUUGCUUCAAAUACUCCCCUCUCGAGAACAGAUCCUCGAACUCUUAACGAUAUUCGACAGCCAGGCACGAUGCUUCCAGUACCUCCCCAAUAAGCUGGCCACACCGGAGAUUAAUGCCUUCUUGGAGAAUUUGCAUGUCUGCGCUGAGAGAAACCCCCAAAUGUUAGCUCUCAUCCUGGCUGCUAUGGCUCAUGCUUUACAGUUCAAAGCGUUCCGAAAGAAUAUGCCGCAAUCAGCCGUGGAAGAGACUGAGAAAGAACUCGUACAAGCAAAUAUUUAUGUUGCGGCCUCAAUGCAUGCGUUGCGAUUAAGCAGUUUCAUGAACCGUCCGACACUGCUUGCUGUCCACACUCUCUUGCUUAUUGGGGCAUACCUUGUCAAUGGCGGAAAGUUCUUAGAUGCAUAUACUCUGUAUGGGCAGACAAUACGCGUUGCACAGGGAAUGGGUCUGCAUCAGGAUCCACAAUAUCUGGAUUCGUGCGCAGACGAGGGAGAGUGUAACCUUCGCCGGAACACAUGGUGGUUAAUGCUCUUCGUGGACCAAUACUAUUCCAGUACGCUUGGACGUCCUCUGGGUGUGUCUGGAACUGGUGACUGUUUGCCUGCUUCUCAUUUGACAUUCUCUGAGCUGGCGGACAGCCAGAAGGCCGGGCGUCUGGAAACAUACAUCAAUCAAUAUACCGUCCUCAGCCGACAAAUCCUAUCGUGCGACAACUUGACAAAUGGAAGGAUAGACGCAUUUAGUGACAGGCUACUUCAGCUUCUUGACACCCUUCCAUCGUUGGUUCGCUUCAACUCGUCGUGGCUGAAGGAAGGGUGUGAUAAUGUCCCGGAGUGGCCACUGAACUUCCAUGCCGCCAUGUUUCACAGCAAUACGCACAAUUAUCUGAUCCUUCUAAACCGUCAAAGGCAGAUUGGCACGGUGGAGAAGAAACAGAAGAAGACAGAUGUAUACCGGCCUGAGCCAGGAUAUGCCACUGUGGUGUCCAGUUGCCAUGAGGUACUACAAGCUUUCUUCUACUUGCACAAGUACCUGCCUGACAAGCUUGCGCAUUGGCCGAUCUGUCAACAUGCCUUCAACGCUGCAAUGCUACUUGGCUUUAACGUGCUCGAGCACGGAUGUCAUGCUGGCUCCGGAGACCACAAGGCAGUUGCGUCGACAUACAGCAUCUUUCACGAAUUGCAUGAAACUGGAGUCUCCCGGCCAGCGAAGUUGGCAACUUUGCGUCUGAGAGAAUUGCUAGUAACCCAUAAGCAACCCAUUCUGGACCAGAGACUUAUGGGCUCACAUGGCAUGCUACUUGUCGAGGAUCCGGAAAUCAGAGGUAUGGUUGGCAAUGCAUAUGCUCCUUUUGCCUGGUCAGAGGCCUCGAUCCAGUCAAACACAGAGGAGCCUGUCUAUCAAAAAAGACAGCCAGAGCAUACCAGUCACAUCGGUGCAAUGGAACAUGCAAGAAUGUUCAAUUCCCCUGCGCCAAGUGAACACAGCUCGCCUGGCAAUAGCACGCCUGUAGCGCAUAGCCCCGACCUCAAUUCCGAAAAUGCAAGCAGCACGAACUCUCCCGACUGCGCAUUAACACCAGAGACACCAACUUAUUGGGGUCCAGAAGACAGAUGGACUGCAACACAUGCAGCCCCAAUGCAAGCACACCUAACGUGCCCUCCGUUUCCGACGCAGCUACUCAACCAGCAAUUGUUUGUCUCCUCGGCCCCGGUGCAGGAGCAGCAGCAUCACUUCUAUGCUUCGCCUAGCGUAUACCAUCAGGGAUACACCGACUGGGAUCUCGCAUAUCCAGGCAUGGGCACAGAUAUGUCAUCUUACUAUGCGUACGUGAGUAUUUCAUGAAUAUCGACGAUAUGUAUUAUAUGGGCAUGGAAGACCCUUUCUCUAUAUAUGUUUGGCAAACAGGACGAAUGUAUACCGUACAUUGUUUUCUUAUGGUGUCUUUUUGGGUCUGCCGUGUUAGGAGGCAACCGCU